GAAAAAGAGGAGUUAAGGAAAGUUCUUGAAGAAAUGGGAUAAAAUCCUCAUGAAGAAGAAAUAAUUAAAAUGAUUACAGAUGUAGAUUAAACAGGAAGAGGAGCAAUUUCUUUUAAUGAUUUUUUGAAGGUUAUAGCAUUUUAUAAGCAACUUUAAUAAAAUAGUGAUGAGGAAGAAAUAAUUCUCACAUUUGUUGCAUUAGGUGGUAAUCAUGAUAAAACAGGAAGUAUUGAUAGAAAAAUAUUAUAAGAAGUAAUAUCUUCUGAUUAUAAUUUAACAAUUGAUUUAAAUAGAUUAGUAAAAGAACUAUCUCCUGCAGCAACAGAAGUAAAAUACGAAGACUUUAAAAACUUAUUAUUAAAUUGAAAAAGUGAAUAAAAUUAAACUGUAAAAAUAAAUUACUU